ACUCAGCCCUACCCAAGUUAAUAAAACACAGGGUGAAAACCUACCUUCCUUAACCACAAUCAGUAUGCUGCUGGAUCACUCCUCACCCCUCUUGGGAUACAUCAAACUCUUGUUCCUGGCCUUAGCUGUCCUUGUGGUCCUCGCUCAGGCUUCCCCAGAUGGAUGGGCCAGAACGUGCGGUUAUGGAACUGGGAGAUGCAGGAAACAAUGCAAAGAAAAUGAGAAGAAGAAAGGAAAAUGUGUGGUCAGAAUGAUUUGCUGCAUCCCUGCGGUAAAGCAUACAUCACUGGAAUUCGCCAAGAAAGAAGAGACAGCAUAUAGGCGAUUAGGAAACAGACACACUGCAGAGGAAAACUAUGAGAAGAUGCUGAGAGAAGAUGGAUGUCUACAAAUCAAGGAGAGAGUUCUUAGAAGAAAUCAACCCACCAACACCUUGAUCUUGGACUUUCAGCUUCUGGAAUUGUGAGAAAAUAAAUUUCUUUUGUUUAAACCA